CAGCAAAAUCCUCAAAAAUCUCAAUUCUCUUAGCUGCAAUGGCUAGCAGCAAACACCUCAAGGUUCAAUCGGAGGAUCGGACUCGACAGAAAUGGUGUGUGCCACUGCAAGAAGAUGUGUUCAGCACAUUCCUCUCAAGGGGUAGCCCAACUGUGCAUAAGGUUUUUGGAGCAGGGUCAUUAUUUAGCCCUUUGUUGUUUGGGAAAUUUUUUGAUCCCUCUGAUGCCUUCCCUCUCUGGGAAUUUGAGUCAAGUAUUUUGUUAGCUGAUCUUCGGAGCUCCGGACAGAGCUCUGUUGAUUGGUUUCAAACAGAUGAACUGUACAUACUAAAAGCAGAACUACCAGGACUUGAGAAAGAUCAUGUUCAAGUCUGCGUUGAAAAUGGGAAGGUUGUGGAGGUUAGUGGGCAAUGGAAGCAGCAAAGAGAGUCCAAGACAGGAGACUGGAGAAGUGGGCAUUGGUGGGAAUACGGGUACGUUCGGAGGCUUGAGCUGCCGGAGGAUGCAGAUAGGGAGAAGAUUGAGGCACAUGUGAAUAACGACGUAUUUUUAGAGAUUAGGAUUCCCAAAGGCUCAUCGGAUGACGAUACUCCUCGAGAAAAUGUAGCAGCAGCCAAAGAUUCCGAAACAGUGUGCAAGCAUGAAAAGUUGGAGAAUCCGGCCUUCCCCCUUUCUAUUUCAUUUUUCCUUCUUCUGUUUUUUUAUUUUCAAUGUAAAGGAAAAUUCAAUUUUCCUAUAUUUUUUUUCUUUUCUUGUAUUUUCUCAUGAAAUAAAAAAAAAAUAAAUAUAUUACUCAGUUUUUAUUAUAU